AUGUCGAAUGCUGGUGAAACAAUCUUCGAUCGUUCAACAGAUAACCAUGAUGAGAUUCAAAAUCGUCUCCGAAAUACUCCAAAGACCAAGAAAGAAUCUUCGAAGGCUAAAAACUCUCCAUCAACUCACAAACAAAAAACGAAAAAGAUCGAUACCAUAUCAUCACCAGCGUCAAUAACUGAACCAACGACAAUAGCAUCAAUUCCAACACCACUACCAUUGAAUAUGAUUACUCCACCAAAGACGGAAGAAGAUGCGCUGCAUUCCAUGUUGAUGUCGUGGUACAUGGCUGGUUAUCAUGCUGGACAAGUUGCUGCAAAGAAUCAAAAGAAAAACAAAGUAUACUAUCGACGUCAGAAGGAAGACAAACGACGUAUUAUGGGGCAAAAAAUGACUAGUCCAGCAAAUCCAAAACCUGUGGUGAUGAUGCGAAUGAUGGCACCAACAGUAAUCACACCAAGACAACGCCCAGCAGAUAGACCAAUCGCAAAUUUGCAGCAGCAGCAGCGUCGACCGCUAAAUCAUUAUCGUUACUAUGGAGCAUGA